AUGAGGUUGCUAUGGUGCCAUUCCUUCACAACUGCUACUACUACACUCGUCGUACUGUUCACUAUAUCCUGCUUCUCUUUCGGGUUUACUGAGGCACGAAGACUAACACGAAGCAGAAUUCGGAGAUCGACUACUCCAAUUACAACAGAUGUUUUUCCCUCACGCACUAAUGGACGAACAUUGAUAUUUACAUCACCGACACUGAGAACAAGGAAGCCGUGGACAUGGAGACCGAGAACGACAAUACUCACAACAACAACGGAAACGACGAGAAGAACUACCCCAACCACAACGUCAACAACAACUACUACAAGAAGAACGAGAAGACCAACAACGACAACCACGACGACAACGCGGCCACCAACGACGACAACGACCACGACCACGACCUCGACCACGACAACGACCACGACCACGACGACAACAAGGAGACCGACCACAACAACGACCACGACGACAACAAGGAGACCGACCACAACAACGACCACGACGACAACAAGGAAACCGACCACGACAACCACCACAACAACCACCACGACUACAACCACGGAAAAACCAACAACAACAACAACUACUACUACUACGAGAAGACCAAGAACAACUACUACCACGACAACACCAACAACAACGACUACUACGACAACACCAACAACAACGACUACUACGACAACACCUACAACAACGACCACAAAAACAACAACACCAACGACUACAACGGAGCCCACAACAACUACAGCUGUUCUCACAACUCUUACGACGAAAUCCACAACAAGGACAAAUGCCAUUGUCCUUCCCUCGAAAGUUCAAGAUGACGAGGAUGGCGGCAGCAAUGUAUUAUUGAUAAUAACCUGCAUAGGCGUUGCAUUAGUGCUUGGGGGAAUAUCCGUUUUCGCUUUUCUUGCUAUACGUGCAAGAAAGAUGAGAGAAAAGAAGAGUGAGGAGCGUCGACCAGCAAGAAGACGUAGAGCUACGAAGAAACCAUUACAAGUAGAAAAACCAGAAAAACCGAAGCCGAAGCCAGCGAAGAUGAAAGCGGCCAAAAUUGAUAUGAAACUCUUCAAAUUUGUAGGACCUUUAGUGAUGAGGGAUUUCAAAGGAGAAGUAAAGCAUGAUUUGGACGAAGAAAAGUCUGGUAUCAUCUCUAAUGUAGCAUUUGAUCCCAUGCAAAACUCUAUCGCACUUAUAGGAACCACAAUCGAUAGACUAGAAGGGCAGUCCGUAAUAUCGGGAAUAGAAGCUGCACAAAAUAUAGGAUCACAGGAAUCCCCGAAUGGGAAAGGUAUUGGAAGCGCAGAAGUGAAGAGCGAAGAAACAAAGCCGAAUAAGUCUCAGGAAAAGAUUGAAGAAGCAAAGCCAAAUCAGCCACAGGAUGCAAAGCAAACUUUGUCCAAAAAUGAAAAGGAUAGUAAAUCUAAGAAAAGUGCUAAUAAGGAAAAACCCAAAGAGACUUCUAAUGACAACCAACGAAAGAAGAAAAAGAUCGCAAGGCAGCAAAAAACUAAAUCUCGUAGAUGA